GUCUCAAGACAAGACAGCCCCUGACAGAAUAAAGAACUGCGCGGAAAACGUCUCCUGGCAAAAGCCACGGCUUUGAUUUAAUCUUAGAUAGCAUUGCAACGUUUUAGUUUUUUUUUUUUUAGUUCGGAUCUUCCAAGAUGAAGUUCGUACGGUAUAUAAUGAGGAACGCUGCUAUGUUAAACGCGCCGAAGCACAUUGAUUACUACGCGAAAUUUUCUCCAUCGCCGCUGUCAAUGAAGCAGUUUCUGGAUUUCGGAUCCACAAACGCGUGCGAGAAAACGUCCUUCGCUUUCCUCAAGCAAGAGCUCCCCGUCAGGCUGAGCAACAGUCUGAAGGAGAUCCACCUUUUACCAGACCAACUGAUCAUGACCCAAUCCGUUCAGCUCGUUCACAGCUGGUUUGUGCAAAGCCUGAUGGACAUCCUAGAAUUCCAAGGCAAGAAUCCCGAUGAUCCUAAAGUUCUUACUGAAUUUGUGGACACUCUGGUGACCAUCAGGAACAGGCACAAUGAUGUGGUGCCCACCAUGGCCCAAGGCGUCAUCGAGUAUAGAGAUGCGUUUGGGACAGACCCUGUGACCUGUCAGAAUAUUCAGUACUUUCUGGACCGCUUUUACAUGAACCGCAUCUCCAUUCGCAUGCUCAUCAACCAGCACACCCUGAUCUUCGAUGGCUCCACAAAUCCAGGACAUCCAAGCAGCAUCGGGUGCAUUGACUCCUGCUGUGACGUCACAAAUGUAAUCCAAGAUGCAUACGAGUGUGCCAAAAUGCUCUGUGAGCAGUAUUACCUCGGAUCCCCUGAGCUGGAGCUUAGAGAGAUAAAUGCAAAGAAGAAGUCACAGCCAAUCGAGAUAUCCUAUGUUCCUUCCCAUCUCUACCACAUGGUUUUUGAGCUCUUCAAGAACGCGAUGAGGGCUACCCUUGAGAAUCACGAAACAAGCAGCACGUUGCCACCAAUCAAAGUCACGGUUGCUCUAGGUGGAGAGGACCUGUCAAUCAAGAUCUGUGACAGGGGCGGUGGCGUUCCUUUCAGGAAGAUUGACAGGCUUUUUAGCUACAUGUAUUCAACAGCGCCCAGACCUACUAUUGGUGACCAUCAGCGGACUCCAAUGGCUGGCUUUGGCUACGGCCUUCCCAUUUCCCGCCUUUACGCACGCUACUUCCAAGGUGAUCUCCAGCUUUACCCGAUGGAGGGCUAUGGUACAGAUGCUGUAAUUCAGCUGAAGGCCCUGUCUACAGAUUCAAUAGAGAAGCUUCCAGUGUUCAAUCAAACCGCCUUGCGUCAUUACAAAUUCAACCAGGAAGCCGACGACUGGUGCGUCCCGAGCAAAGAGCCGCUGAACUUGGCUGCGUACAAGGCUGCAAAGUGAAACAACGGAGCUGGUUGCCUUAAAACCAUGACUUCAAGUGAAUGCCAAGAUAGGCUGCCAUUGUGAAAGCUCACAUUCGGGGACCAGUGACAGCUUUUCCCAAAUGCUCUUUGAGUGCUGUCGUCUGGGAACAGUUAAACUGCAUGUGGCCAGAAUUUAAGAUACCAAACAGUAGAUUCCUUAGUAAAAACAAGUUAUUACUGUGGUGCCGCUGAACUUGGAGGUUUUCAGCAAAAGCUCAGGGAUGAAGAGUCCCGCGCGAGUGUUAAGGCCUGGAGGGCCGAGAGGUGUUUAGAUGCACGCGAACCUGAUUGAAGUGGAGUUAAGUCUAAAAACAGGUGGAGAGAAGUGUAUGUAUUGCAAAGAAAUAAAUACUCAAGGCAGAAGGAAUGUAGCUGGCAUGAGAAAUUUCAGAGGUCAGAAAAAGUGUAUAAAUUGUGAGAAGUGAUAAGGAAAGUGGCCAAAAGAUGUAUUUUUCCUCUGUAAAGAGGCUGGACAUACUUGAUGUGUGAUCGACACUUCCAAUUUAAGAAAAGCAUUUAUGUAAGCAUUUAUUAAUAGCACUGUACGGUUGUACUGAAUGACCACAAGAUGUGUAUACUUAAUGUUGUGCUCACGAUAUUUAUAACUGUUAAAAGGACCUUUUGUUUGAGUUUUUCGUAUGAAUGAAAUAAACUGAUAUUUUCUCAUCAA